AUGGAUGUGCUGCCUCCGGGGUCUGCAGGGUCACCUGUCACGGCCUUGUUCGGGAUUCAGCUGGCCCUUCAGAAUUCCUUCUACCCCACCAAGCUCUUCUUCCCUCCUCUUCUGGCCAACGUCACCUCGGAGCUCCGCUACACCGGGCUUCCUCCCCACCAAGCUCACAGGAGGCGGAGGCGGAGGCGCAGGCGCACUGCGGCGACCAGGGCGCGUCGCACUUCCCCGAGAACUACAACUCCCACAAUCCCAAUCGGCCGGACCACCUCCCGCUCGAGGUGGGGGGGGAGGUGGACCAGGUCGCCCCGGGGCGGGACCGACCUCCUGAAAUGUCCUGCCUGUGUCCUCGUGGUAAAAUCCGUUGAGAGGGGACCUUGGGAUCCCGGGAAGAUCAUCACUAGGAAGAACUCUGGGCGUGAUCAUCAACACCUGUACGUGAUGAUGGCUCAACUCUUAGGAUCUCAUCUGAUACUCGCUGCAAUGAUUCGUCAUCGAAUAAACAUGCUUCCAUCUCUUGGAGUCGCCAGAAGUAGGAUGAUGUCCACUCAUAAAUCACCAAAGAAGAUGAGGGAAUAUUACAGGCGGCUGAAUCUGGAAGAAGGAUGCUCCGCCGACGAUGUCAGGGAAUCUUUCCGGAAGCUCGCCAAGCAGUACCAUCCCGACAGUGGCUCUCCCACGGCGGAUUCUGCAACGUUUAUAAAGAUCGAAGAGGCGUACAGGGCGGUACGCUCCCACGUGAUGCAAGAAGCAGAUGCCAGGCGGAAGAAAAUGGAAGAUGCGGACGACGAGGAAGAAGACUCCAAAUACAAGGCACCCCAGCACAGGCAUUAUUUAAGUUUCGAAGGGAUUGGCUUUGGGACUCCGAGCCAACGAGAGAAGCAGUACAGGCAGUUCAGAGCGGACCGUGCCGCCGAGCAAGUGCUGGAAUAUCAAAAGCAGAAGCUGCAUAGCCAGUACUUCCCUGAAGGCUUAACUGUCAAAGACGUGAGGCAGAGUAAGGAACAGAAGAUAACGCAAGCAAUAGAGCGCUUAGUGGAGGAUCUCAUCCAGGAGUCCAUGGCCAGGGGAGACUUUGAUAACCUCAGCGGGAAAGGGAAACCUCUCCAGAAGUUUGCUGGCUGUUCGUAUAUUGAUCCCAUGACUCACAACCUGAACAGAAUAUUGAUAGAUAACGGCUACCAACCUGAAUGGAUCCUGAUGCAAAAGGAGAUAAAGGACACCAUUGAUCAGCUCCGAGCAUCCAUGGUAGCGUCCAGGAAGAAACUGGGGAACCCCAUGACGCCCCCUGAACAGAAACAGUGGGACCAAGCGUGUGAGCAGUUCCGGGAAGACAUCAGGAAGCUAAACAAGCGCGUGAAUGAUUUUAAUUUGAUCGUUCCCCUCCUGACCAGGCAGAAAGUCCAUUUUGACGCGCAGAAAGAAAUCGCAAGAGCCCAGGAAACGUAUGAGGCCCUUAUCAAAUCCAAAGAAGUCGCGGAGGGAAGCCCAGGUGGCAUUGAUCAGGGCGAAGGGGAGAGAACACCUGGAGUCAAGGCAGGCUUUUUCAACUGGAUGAAUAUGUGGAAAUUCAUUAAAACCUGACCCUCUCACCGCUCACAGGCCCGCCCCACACCAUCCUCAGCUGGGCUGACAUCGCACACACAGGCUGGAGGUGUGGCUGUGACACAGGCGGGAGAGAACCGUGUGCCGAACUUCUCACAGAACUGAUCACAGCUCCGGUGAAGUGUAAGGAGGAAGCUGGGAGAGACUGUCACAGAAAGGCUCAGCCAGCUUUGCUCUGGGAAAAGAGCAAGGGAAGAAGAGACGCCCUCAGAAAACAAUUUAAUCCAUAUCCUAGUUCAGUUGUCAGUCAUCAGGUGAGAUGCCUUAGGACAGGGGCUUGGGCUGGGAAUGGUAAAGGGAUACCAAACCUCGGAGUGCAGAUUUACUCUAAUACCUUCAAACCCGUUGCAUUUGCCAGCUUCAACCACCGGCACUUCAACAACAACAACAAACCCAACACACAAAAGUCAUCAGCCGGAACCAGAAUGCAGGCAGCUGAGUUAUCAAAGCUGAACACGGUUGUACGGCUUUGGGAGCCCGUGGGUGGAAGUGUUAAGAUGAGGACUGCAGCCUCGGGAGUCACUGCUUUUCCUUAGAAAGGUCUUCUCUGUGGCACUGAAUUCUAAAAAGUAUAUCUGGGUUGUACUUUCUCCUCCCCAACUUCACCAUCCAUUGGCUGCAGAAAGGGCCCGGCCACGCUGGUGACGUAGCUAUUCUAGAACUAGGUCCCUGUGUCUGCUGUAGAGAGUUUGAGUGCUUACUCUGGUCUUCCCGGAGUGAAAAGCCCCUGGGCUCAGCGGAAGCGUACGAUUUCACUCCGCUUCCUCUCUCUCAGAGACUGAGGUGAUGUGUUUGCAUGCACACGCCUGGGCCUGUCUCUGUCAGGUGUGGGACUCCCAGCGCCUUUGUCAGCCACGUGGACACCUCCGUUUCCUGCCUUAGGGUUCGAGUGCCCUGUCUUAGGAACCCUCUGUGAACAAAAACGAGAUGCCUGAACAUUGCACCUUUGGCAAAUGACACGAGUUUGACAUUCGUCAGGUGGCUGUGUCUCGUCCAUUUUAAGAAAAGUUGACUUUCUGAGGUCUGUGUGAGCGCUCUGGCCACAGAACUGGGCAGCCGAAGAAGGGUCGGGAGGGUGGACAAAAGGAGCAGGUCACGGCCUGCCUGCCCCACGCUGCUCUCGGGACGCGGUUCAGAGCGUGGCACGGCCACCAGCUCUUCCGUGAAAUGUGAUCAUUAAAAAUGCAUCUUCAAAAGGAAAUCUCGGGCCCUUUUGCUUAGAGAUGGGCACUGAUUGCUGUAGUGUGUGAUUAUUCUGUUGAUGAGUUAUUUGGCUUCUAGAAUGAUAGCGUUACUCUAAACAAAAAGGUGACCAGCACACCACACGAGGAUAGCUUU